CCUCAAAACACACCAAUAAAUUUCGAUCAAGAUGAAAGCGACAUACCGUACCUCGCCGAGGUGGACCAAGGUGGAUCGGUGUAUCGUGCAAUGCCCUUAGAAUCAUAUUGUCAGGAGGAGGAACAACCUCCAAAGGACGUACAGUUUUUUCUGGACGGCGAAAAUAAAGAUAAGGUUGUAUUGGUGCCUGGACUUUUUGGAUAUGAUACCUUGGAGAUAACGUUGCCCUUCCGUAGUGGUACAACUUGGACCAUAGCGGAUUAUUGGAGUGAUGUCAGAGAGGUUAUCGAUGAUCCCUUUAUCGUUAGUCCUAGCUCAUUCGGUUCUGUCCACGAUCGUGCAGUGGAAAUUUAUUACCAAAUCAAGGGCGGUCGAGUGGACUACGGAUUACGCCAUUCUCAUCAAUUCGGUCAUAAGCAACAUGGCGCGACAUACGAGGGUUUAAUUCCCGAUUGGAGUCCGGAGAAUCCAAUAGUCCUAAUUGAUUAUUCCAUGUUUCCCACUAUUUACUACUUCCCACUAUUUACUACUACCCACAUAGGCAAGGGAUACGGUGCGACCACAGCUCUUCAUUUGCAAAAUCUCCUCAUGACUAACUUCUUCGGUCAACACACCUCCGGCAAGAUGAUCAAAGGAGUCAUUUGUUUGUCGACUCCGCAUCGCGGUUCCACACUCCCGUACUACCUCGGCCUCGA